AUGUCCACCAGCGCCAACGACACCCACAAACCAUUAACAUCCCUCCCGUUCCCUCCCAUCACCCCAUCUCACAUCCUAAACUGCUCUUUCCACUCAUGGUAUCCCCGUUUCCGUUCUCUGACACCCAAAUCCCGUCUUAUUCCUCUCUCUCAGCCAUUCCUGGACUAUCUACGCGCCGAUGGCAUAAUCCUACCACCCGAGCGCGGGCCUAGCGAUGCGGACAGUGGGUUUGAAGACGGGUUCCAAAACGACGACGAAGAUGAGAACGAAGAUCCUUCGGAACAAUGGGCCGAUAUACAUUCCAAGAUCCGUUCUACGAUCUCCGAACUAGGGGGCAAAGUGAUGCCGAAGCUCAACUGGUCAGCCCCCAAGGACGCCACCUGGAUUGCGACCACAAAUGACAUGGAAUGUCGAACUCCAAAUGACGUGUAUCUGCUACUGAAGUCAAGCGACUUCGUCACGCAUGACUUGGAGCACGCUUUUGACGGAUGCACCAUCGCAGAGAAUACGAAUAGCGCCGAUCGAACCGAAGGUGAUUGUGGAAAUGCCUCUGGCGAUAGCAAGGAGAAAGCAUUUCCUGAAGUGCCCUACCAUCUUGUACUGCGGAAAGCAUUCAAUCUGAAUCCUUCGCUGGAAUUUCGCUGUUUCAUCCGAGAAGGCAGACUGAUUGCGAUAAGUCAGCGAGAGAUGAACCACUUUGAUUUCCUCUUUGAUCUGCGAGAUUCUUUCAAAAAGUUGAUCCAAGAAUUUUUAGAGCAACAUUUGCUACCUGGUGGCGGAGGAAAGACCUUUCCGGACGAGAACUUCGUGGUGGACGUCUACAUUCCACCACCACACGACCGUGUGUGGCUGAUCGACAUAAACCCUUGGGCACCACGAACGGACCCAUUACUAUUCUCGUGGCUGGAGUUGUUGCAACUGCCGAUCCCAGAAGCGUCAGGGCCAAAAUCGAAAAUUAGAGAAGGACUAGAUUGCGCAGAUCGAGAAGGGGGCGAGGAAUAUGAGGACGACGAAGAAGAAGAAGAGGAAGAUGUGAUCUUUGACCCCGAAUUUCGACUUGUGAAACGCGACGAUCCAGAGGCGUAUCAAUUCUCGGCGACAAAGUACUCGGCUCAUAAACUACCCAAGGAAGUCGUCGACGCGAGCAUGACGCCAGGAGAUAUGAAGAACAUGAUGGAGGAGUGGAGGAAAGUCAUUGACAAGCAGGUCGCAGAAGACGAUGACUCGGACUCGGACGAGGAACAUACUUGA